UCGCUAUUAUCUUUCCUUUUCUUUCGCGCCUUUUAGUCAUGCUUGAGCGUACCAAUAGAUUGAUCAAAACUGUUAACAACACGGGAAAAUGCGUCACUAAUAAGAGAAAAAACAUUAGAAAAGGUUUUUCGCCGCAUAAACGCUGACAAUGAUGUGUAUGAUGCUGGGUUUUCCGACUGAGCAUGUAUGGAUGCUGCGUCAUAGUGUUCGCGGGACGUACGAUUGUGUGGGAAAGAGAGGAGACAUGUAAACAGUGCCUCCAUUUUCCAGCUGACUUGACAAUAAGAACGUGCGUGUAUGUGUGUGUGGAGUGGAGUUUUAUCACACCGGCGCACAUACAGGCGCUUGUUUAACUCUUGAUUCGACCGUUGCGUGUUACGGACGGACAAGGACGAACGUUCUGCUUGUGCGUGCUUGUACUUACACUAUUGCGUUUGUUGCAAAGGACAUCCAGCUGUAUUGUGACAAGUAGUAAGACAAGGAAAGCUUUAUUGCAAGAAAAAAACGUGUGUGCGAGGCAAGUGUUUGAUAAAGGCGGUAAACAUAAAGAGCGGUGGAAAAGAAACAAUAACAAAAGAAACAGAACAGAAAUUGCGAAGAAAUUUGUUUUGUUUGUGAUUGCACGGCCGUUGAAUGGGCGAACAGCCAAAGCGCGAUUUAAGGUGUGCUAAUCGUUUAUUUUUUCAACCUCAAGCUGCAGCUUGAAAUUGUAUCGCAAUAAAUCGACCCAACACAGUGUCCCGCAUAUUGCGUGUUCGAACAGGUGUACUAAACCCUUUCCCUGUGUGUACGAUUGUGAUAAGAAAAUCAUAUUAUCAGUCACACAUAGAACGUUUACCUGCGCGCGCGCGUGUGUGUGUGUAUUUUCUGUUUGUAUACGCGUGUGAAUCGCGACCACCGCCAUUGCUCAUUAUCGUGAGGGCGAGGAAAGCAAACGAAAUAAAAAAAGAAAAACAAAAUGAAGAAAUGCAUUCACCGUGUUCUGACCUAAAAUUGUAAAGCCGACCAACGACCCUGCAGUCCGCUUCACAUUCGGACAAUAUAAAGUAUAGCAAAGCGUGCGACAAGUGUGUGAGUCAUUCCGCCCGACCAAUCGCGUGCGUGUGUACAUUUCGCAAAACGAGGAAAACAAAAGCAAAAAAAAGAAGGAAUCCGUAGUAGUUAACGACUUUUCUUUCUGGCUGGAGGGAGGGUGUUUUGAAGUGCAGUAAACGAAAAUAAACCCCACGGGUCUCCUUUCCAUGCUUCCCAUCAUGCCCCAAAAGGAAAACGAUAUGGCGUGCAGUCGUCCUUUCAGGGUCAGCUCUGCGUCCGGUGGUCGGCUAUCGAUUGGUUUGAUCGUCGUCACUCUCAUGCUGAUGGUAACAGGAGCACAAUCAAAACUGUUGGUAAAUGGUACCGAUUGUACCAUCCGCGAGCCACUGUACAACGUGACGUUUGACUUUAAUGCACUCAGCUCGGAUCUGAAUCACCACGUGACGUCCGAGGAGACUAAUGAGCGUUUCUUCUUUAACGUGUGCGAUAAGGAACAGUCCGGGAAGGAUAAUCGAACCGAACCGCUAGCGUACCUGGUGCGCCAGGACAAGAAGAUAACGCUCGGGUAUGAGGCACACCUGCAGCUGGAUAAUGGGCGUAUGCAGUUUUCGUUCUUGGGUGAACCGUGCGGCAAUGGGAGCAACUACACGCUGGAUAUAAUAUUGCUGUGUAGCUAUGAGCGUACACCGGCCGAUUUGCGUGUGAUCCCGCACACGCCGGACCAGUGUCGGUACUUUAUUUUUUGGGAUACGCCGCUUGCCUGUCAACCGUUGCCGACCGCACUGGUGGACAACCGAUGUACGGUGCGCGAUGGUACGAAUAGACAUCUGUACAAUUUGCUACCGUUGGGCGGUGCCAACCAUGAGGUACCGUUGCCGGAUGGAGGCCGGUUUGUGGUGUCGGUGUGUAAGCCGGUCCGUUACGGCCAUCUGACGAUGUGUCCACCCGGGACGGGUGUUUGUUUAAUCAAUGGAACCGAUUAUCGUGAUUAUGGACAGGCGGUAGCGGAACCAAAAAUCGAUUCCACCGGUCGGCUGGUAAUGGAGAUGCGUUCGAAAUCGGAAGCGUGUCAAAAUUCGUUGAUUGUAUUUGAAUGUGGUGCGGAGGAUGGUAUCGAAACGGGACCGAUUUAUCGUGGGAGGAAAGAUAACUGUACGCAUGAAUUUGUCUGGCGUACGACACUUGCUUGCCGGGAUACGCGUCCCUGUUCGGUGAGCAAUCCGAUUACGGGCACACAGUACGAUUUGAGUCUGCUGGCGAACCGCACGUACACGCUGACGUCACGGGAUAAUCGUACGUACGAGCUGGGUGUGUGCCGUAUACCCGCAUCGAGCCACUGUCCGCUAGAUGCGGGCGCAUGCGAAGUAACGGCAAAGCAAUCCGUCGGUCUUGGUGCGAUAUCGGCCGAACUGCAGUACGAAACGACCGGUGCACCGUACCUGCUGUACCGCUCGGGAGCAGUUUGCGAUGCAAAUAGCGGCCGUCGGUGGGAAACACGGCUAGAGUUUAUCUGCGAAACGGAUCCGGUUGAGGGUGGCCGCACCGGGACGGUUGUACCACCGAUCGUGGUAGAAAAUGGCGAAUGUCAGCUGGUGGUACACUUCGAGACGGUGCUUGUCUGCGAACCGGCCCUGAUGGCGUGCGGUGCAUACAACGAAUCCACCAUCGAUCAGUACGUCGAUCUAUCGCCGUUGAUGGAUUCCACGCAGAAUUACGUUGCCCGCAGCGAGGGAGAUCAAGGGCGCCGCUAUUUUCUUAACGUGUGCCGACCGCUCGUACCACAGUAUGGGUUAAGCUGUCGCGGUGGUGCGGCCGCCUGUGAAGCUACCUUUGACGGCGUUACGGCACGUAACGAAACCACCCUUGGCUUUCCGGACGUAUCGCUCGUAGUGGCGGGUAAUACCGUGCUCAUGAAAUAUCUGCGCGGUGAUCCGUGUCCGCAGGAUCCGCUUACAAACCUAUCCACAACCGUGGCUUUCCACUGUCAAGCGACGGCCGGUCGGGGGCAGCCAGCUCUGGUCGAGAUUGAGCACGGUUGUCAUUAUCGUUUCGAUUGGGCAACGGCUGUUAUUUGUCCACCCGAGCUAACCGUACCGUUCGAACAGUCCAACUGUAGCUUCCACAAUCCAUCGACCGCAACCUGGAUGGGAAUGAACGGUGUGCUCGAUGAGCUAUCACUGUGUGACAAACAACCGGUUGCCUCCAUUGACUAUCGUACCGGAUCGCUCACCAUUCGCUAUACGGAGCCUGAUACGAUCAACUGCAGCAGCAUGAACGGUGUGAAAACAUACAACGUAACUGUUGCCUGCGCACCGGACCGUCCUCUCGAACGAAUAGCGUCAACAUCCUGUUUCGAAAUCAUCAAAAAGCAGUCACCAACUGUUUGUGCUUUGGUUGGUCGCAAUGCGACUAUACAUGAUGACAGUGUGCCGACAAACCCAACGAAAAGUCCAGCACAUUCUACCACCCAUCCAACCACGGUGCCCACGGUUACCAGCACAGAACCGAUCGGGACAAAGGUUCAGCCCGAAGGUGCAGGCUUGGGAGCGUUCGGUAUCGUCAUGAUAUGUCUCACCGCGGUAACAACCCUGAGUGUCGGUACGCUGUACAUCGUGCGACGACAUCCGGAUCGCUGCCAUCAGCUGCACUCGAUACUGCUGUGCCGUGGUUCGUUCUGGGUGAUAAACGAUUUCCCCAGCACGACGUAUUCGCGCGUGGACAACAGUGAAACGUCUAGCCUGCUGCUGAAUCCAUCGAACGUCCUGUCUGAUAGUGAUGAUGAUAUGUUGAUAUAAGAACGAUCGCAACAACCUCCUAACGCCUCCUCCGAGGACACUUGGAUGUACUUAUGUUUUUUUUGUUGUUAUUGAGCAUAUAGUAGCGAAACCAUUUUGUACUUGCAAAAAUGUUCCUUUUGAAACCAAAUGCAUAGGGGGCGCAAGAUACGUUUUAUUUUCUGUUGUUAUCGAUCCCCCCUUUCUCUGAAGACCAGGAUGUGAUAAAGAAGACUAACCAGCGGCCAGUAUAUCUUAAAAUAUCUAUCCUACAAAGAAGAAGAUCCCCCCCGGCAGCAGACUAGCGGGAAUGAUUUCAACGGUAAUAACGCUAACGCCUCCUACUAAGCACCUUGUCGUCCUUGGGCAAUUGCUGUGAGCUACUGUGAUGGAGUAUGAGAAACAAAAUGGCGGAGCAGAGUAGUGGCGUGUUUAGCUAGUAAGAUGUUUAUAUAUAUAUGACUGCAUGUGUGCGCUCGCGUUUUUUGUCCUGCGUGUUUGUGUGUGUGUGAAUAGUAUGAAGAGAUAAAAAAUGUGGUCGAUGCUCUAGGAUCAAAUAAAAAGAUGCACUGUACAUUCUA